AUGGCCUUGAAACUACUAGGGAAAAAAUCGUCAAAAUCGAAAGAGGAGGAAGACAACAGCAUUGAUACAACAGAAUCCACACAAAACAAAUCACCGUCAAAACCUCAUCGACGAUCGUUUAAUAUAUUCCAACAUCAUAAUCAUAAUCAAAGCCACAGAAAUAGUAACGGUUCAUCUGACACUUCUUUUGAAUUUAGAGGAAUGGUAAACGCUUUCAACAGAUCUCACUCAACAUCAAAAGCUCGACCACUUUCACCUUCACCUCAAAAGAACAAUUCUCCAGUUGUAUCAAGAUCAAAUUCAUCUAAACUAAAGAAACCGAGACUAUCAAACGCAGAACCGGCAUACGAAGAUAGAAGGUAUAACCUUCCAGAAAAUCAAGAAGCUGAAUCCAAUAUUCAUCAACUGUCUCAUGAUAAAGUGAAUGAAAUGGACGAUCGAAUUGCCCUUAAACAAGACCAAAAUGACCCUGCUAUUUUAUUUGAUGUCAAAUUAGCAAGUGUACAGGGAUCGGAUCUAUUGUUAAAUGCCCCCAAUAGGGAAGCCACUGAUCGAUCAUCUAUAUCAUCAUCAUCAAAACAACCAUUUCCUCAUUCACCUAGUAAAAGUCAACUUAGUAAUCAAGAGACAAACAAUUUACCACAACCACCACCUCCCAAAUCAGAAUCAAAUGGAUUUUUGUCCAGUUUAUUGAAUGCUGCCGCCAAUAAGAUGAUUUCUUCAGCACCACCAUCACCUCCUUCAGAAGACAAGAAAAAAGACCAUUCAUUUUCCAGCAAAUUGGAUACAUUAUUGAAAGGGGUGAAGCAUGAAGAGUCAAAACACUCAUUGGUGGAUGGGGCAGCAGCAGGAUCGACAGAUAUCGAUUCUAUGGAGAAUAGACAAAUUGCCAAUUCUACAGAAUUAAAAUCUAUUCAUUCACUUACACACGAUGUUCAAUUUGAGCCAGUUAGAGAAUCUCCUUUAAAUACUUUAGGAAAUGGAGACUUGUCACUAGCUGAUUUUGACAAUAAAUUUACCCGUGAAGAACUCGGAUUGAGCUCAAGACGACCAUCUUUCAGAUCAGCCGAUAGCAUUACCAAACGAGCCACCACUCCUGAACUUAUGCCCAAUUCAGCAUCAUUAAACGGAGGUGACACUAGACGACUUUUAAGUCGCAGUUUGAAUAGAAGUAGUAGCAGCAUAUCAAGUAUUCCACAAAGACCAUCAUCACUUGGGAAGAGUCCAGUUGCAGAUUCUCGAAUGGCGAAAAGUGCAGAUGACCCAACAAACAGAAGUACAACAAUAACUGAUAAUGGAAGAGUGGACGACAAUGAAUCAGGAGUGCUUUCAAGUAAUUUUGAUGCAGACAACGUCGAAGAUAUUGUUGAUUAUGCCAAAAAAAUAAAGCAUGCUCUGAAGAAAAGAAAUAAAGAAUUUCAUCAGAAUUUCAAAAAAUUACCCACCAAGGAGAAAUUAAUUGAUGAUUUUAGUUGUGCUGUGUCAAAAGAUAUUUUAGUUCAUGGGAAAAUGUAUUUGAGUGAUCAUUACGUUUGUUUUAAUUCAAAUAUUUUAGGUUGGGUUACAAAUUUGGUCAUACCUCUUCAAGAGGUUAUUCAAAUUGAAAAAAAAUCUACCGCUGUUUUAUUCCCCAAUGGGAUAGUUAUUCGUACUUUGCAUCAGAAAUACGUAUUUGCCACUUUUUUGAGUCGUGACAGUACAUUUGAUUUAAUCACCAAUGUUUGGCAUCGAGUGUUGUUGGAAAAUAGUGAUAUUGAUCCUAAGAAAUUACAAGCUCAAAUUAACAAAGGUAAAAGAAGAGCCCGUGCAGGAUCAAGGGUAUCAAACCUUUCAUUUACUAGUCGUGAUGAGGACACGAACAGCUUGGAUAUUAGUGAUUCUGAUGGACUAGGCGGGUCUGACGAGGACAAUGAUAACUCUCUGUUUGAUGAUGAUGAUGGUGAUGAAGACGCAAAUGAUUCUGGUCAUGAUGCAUCUUUGGAAAGUGACGAUUUUGAAUUAGAUGAAAAGCCUAGUGAUACAAGUGAAUCCAAAGAUGGCGACUUGGCUGCAACUUCAGCUUCCGGAGGUAACACUUAUAGAGGCUUACCAGUUGUUGGCCCUUUGACACAUGGACCUACCGAAACCGGAUAUUCAAAAGAAUCCAACGAGACAUUUAUUUCCGAAGACACGAUUAAAGCACCACCAGGUGUAGUUUAUUUAAUUAUGUUUGGCACCGAUACAUCCAAGUAUGUAAGGAUUUUAAAAGAACAAAAAAAUUUUGACAUUGCUGAAUCUAAAAUCAAAGCAUUGACUAAAGAGAAUAAAGAACGGAAUUACACUUAUACCAAACCAUUGUCGGGUCCAAUUGGACCCAAACAAACUAAAUGUAAUAUCGAAGAUAAAUUGAUUGAGUAUCAACCAGAAAAGUUUUAUGAAGUUGAACAAACUACUCAAACACCAGAUGUCCCCAGUGGGAAUUCAUUUAAAGUGAAAACCAAGAUAUUUUUAAGUUGGGCCUCAAACAAUGAAACAAAAACUUAUGUUGUCACGUCUAUUGAAUGGAGCGGGAAAUCAUGGAUCAAAGGUGCAAUUGAAAAAGGUACCAUUGAAGGACAAAAGGAUUCUAUGAAAAGUAUGAUUAGCACCAUCAACCUGAUAGUUUCACAAGGUAGUGAUAAAAAGGAAAGCGGUAAUGGGAAACGUAAAUCAAGAAGUAGAAAGGGAACUCUUAAGAAAGAACAAGAGGAGGAAGUCACCAAAGUGGAACAACCGGAAACCCCGAAAUCAAUAAGCGAGCAAUUCAUGACAUUAGUGGAUACAAUUGGUGGGUUGAUCCCAAUUCCAUUCUUGAGCAACACUGUUAUUGGAUUUAUUAUUGUUUUAAUUGGAUUUUUAACUACAGUUUCACUAUUCAAUAGGUUGACAUCAACUUCUUCAAAACAUUAUAUUGAAAUUAUUCCUAAUGAUUAUAUGUACGCAUCGAGAAUUCAAAUCAGAGACAAUAAGUACUUGUUAUUGCCUACAGUUGAAACUAGUUUCAGAAAUGAAAGGUUGAGAAGACAAGAGGAAUUAUCCCUUUGGUCAUGGUUAAACAAUCGUAGUGAGGGAAGACUCAACUUAAACUAUCAAGGACCAAGUUUGGAUGAGUUAGAUGAUUCUGAUUUAAAAUCCAAGUAUGGUGAGCAAGAAUUGAAAGAAAUUGUUAGAUUAACAAAAAUAAAAUUGGAUAAGUUAUCGGAGAAACUAAAUGAUCUUUAA